GACACAGUGUUCUUUUUUUUUUGUUAUUCCGUUCGUUCGAUCCACAUGUUCGACAAUUACAUAUGUAGGAAAAAGUGUAAUAAUUACAGACGACUUUUUACUACGCUUUUUCCUUUCUUAUAUAUUUAUUUAUUUAUUUAUUUAUCUCGAGUCAUUCGUUUUAAUAGUUAAAGAAACCAAUUAAAUUUCCCUCUCUUCUAUCCCUUCGGAAUAUUUCUCGUUUAUAUUUAUCGCGAUAUAAUAAUCGAUUAAUACGAAGAAUCAAAUUCGCGAAUAAGUAAUGCGAUCAAAGAAAUUCUAUUAUGUCUCUUUGUGUUUGAAAAUUCAUGCUACCUUUAUAACAACGGUAUUAUACUAUAGAAACUAUCGAUUUCGCGUUGAAUUUCAUCCAUUGUCCUGUGUAUAUAUAACCUAGUACGUAUAGCAAAUAAAAUACUACGUCGUAUAAUCGACAAACACAACGCAUAUACGAAUAUCAAAGGACGUAAGAAAUACGUAUAUGAGUUUUUCUUUGCAUGUCUUGCUGCUGGUGCUACUCCUGUGCUGCCCUGUCUGUCUGUCUCUCUCUCUCUGUCGUCUACUGUGUAUGCAUCAUAGUGAGGGACAAGGCCAUGUACUUCGAAAUAUCGCCGCCAGGCGGCAGCACCGAUGCGUCUUCAUUUGUUGUUUCGCAACGCAACCAAUAUUAGUUUUAUCAAGUUUUACGCGGUGAUUUCUUGUCGAUGGAUUUUCAACGUAUACGUUAACAAAUAUCUUCCUUUUUUUUUUUAUUGCAUACGACGAUCCUGCCAGUUUUUUAAAAACUACGUGCAACGAAAUAACAUGGCUGCAAAAAUUAAACAUUACGAUCCGUUUAGCUCGGCGAGUUCCGAGAGCGAGGAUGGAGAAAUUCCUUUUGACGAUCGUGUAUUACUCGAUGAUGAGAUUUGCGACGAAGCGAUGACUACGCCGCAAUCACCGAGACCACCGUCCACCGGUUCACAAAAAUCUCCACGUUCAAGAAGACAACGUACUACCAGUAUGACACAAUCUAGUAAAAAGACAUCAGCGGAAUCUAUCAUUAGAAGUAAGAGAGGAACCAUUUAUACAGCAGGUAGACCACCUUGGUAUAAUUCUGCAGGACAGCAGGUAGAACCUUUUGUUAUUGGAAUCUGUGGAGGUAGUGCUUCGGGAAAAACUACAGUAGCUACAAAAAUAAUAGAAUCAUUGAGCGUUCAAUGGGUAACUCUCCUCAGUAUGGAUUCAUUUUACAAAGUAUUAAAUGAAAAACAGCAUGAAAUGGCAGCAUGCAACGAAUAUAACUUUGAUCAUCCAGACGCUUUUGAUAUGGAACUUCUCAAGACUACGUUGCAACGAUUAAAAGAAGGAAGAAUGGUGGAAGUUCCUAUUUAUAAUUUUGUAACUCAUAGUAGAGAGAGUAGGACUAAAACAAUGUAUGGCGCCAACGUCAUUAUUUUUGAGGGAAUAUUUACCUUUUAUAAUGUGGAUGUAUUAAAGAUGUGUGAUAUGAAAGUAUUUGUUGAUACUGAUGCUGAUGUACGACUUGCACGAAGAUUGCGUAGAGAUAUAUUGCAAAGAGGAAGAGAUUUGGAUGGUGUCUUAAAACAAUAUUGUACUAUGGUACAACCAGCCUUUUAUUAUUAUAUAGCACCACUUAUGGUCCACGCUGAUAUUAUUGUACCUCGUGGUGGAGAGAACGAAGUUGCUAUUGAACUUAUUGUACAACACGUGCAUACACAAUUACAAUUGAGAGGAUUUAAACUUCGAGAACAAUUAGCCCAUUCUUACAUUGGUCAACCAUUGCCUACAUCUUUGUAUUUACUUCCUGAUACACCUCAAAUCAAAGGCCUACAUACGUUCAUAAGAAACAAGGAUACCUACAGAGAUGAGUUUAUAUUUUAUUCGAAACGUUUGAUACGUCUUGUGAUAGAAUAUGCAUUGUCUCUCUUACCAUUUGAGGAAAUUACGGUGGAGACACCACAAGGAAUACCUUAUCAUGGAAAGCGAGGUGCGACAGACAAAAUUUGUGGUGUAUCUAUUUUGCGUGCUGGAGAAACAAUGGAACAGGCUGUUCGAGAUGUAUGUAAGGAUAUAAGAAUAGGAAAAAUUCUUAUACAAACGAAUCAACAGACUGGUGAACCUGAGCUCUAUUAUUUGCGUCUUCCAAAAGAUAUAAAGGAUUAUAGGGUUAUAUUAAUGGAUGCCACUGUAGCAACUGGUGCUGCUGCUAUGAUGGCUAUUAGAAUUCUUCUCGAUCAUGAUGUAGCAGAGGAAAAUGUUUUAUUGGUAUCUUUACUUAUGGCGGAAUCAGGUGUUCAUUCUAUCGCUUAUGCUUUUCCAAAAGUGAAAAUAGUUACGUCCGCUUUGGAUCCAGAGAUAAAUAAUAAAUUUUAUGUAUUACCAGGUAUUGGUAAUUUCGGUGACAGAUAUUUUGGCACUGAACCAUCUUCCUUAGAUGAUUAACGAAUUUUAUAUAAUUAGAAAUAAUCAUUUGUAGUCUUAUUUGUUUCUUGCCUUUACUAUUGUGAUACUGUAAACAACAAUCCUUUCUUGUACCUUUAGUAUAGAUUAUUAUUUAAGUUUUUAAUUUCUCCCCGUUCGGAGAGUUGUACAGUAAUAUGUCCAAAAAAUCUUGUUAAGUGAUUUCUGCGUCGAAGAUAAGUUUGUAAUAAAUUCUAUUACAUUGGUAUAUUAUAUUUUGUAAUAUACGUA